GUUUCUUGCUUGCGGCGACGCAUCUUCCCCAUUCGAAGCUUCAACAUCGCGUACGUCACUGACGCUUUCUUUUGGACUCAUCUAAUCCCUUGAUUUGUCGCUCUCUUACGCCUCGGUUACGAUCGCUUCACUAUCUUCGGAAAGUUGGGCUAUUAGUCAACACUUUCUUGUUUUCCGCUCCAGUAUUAGGCUGUGUGGCGCCAUGGUCCCCCAAGUCAAACAGGAGCCUGAUUCCCAGACACCAUACAUCAAACCCGACCCAUACAUCAAACAGGAUCCCGACAGCAAGGAUACAGUGCUCGCUGAUAUCGACGAUGAAGACUUGUAUGAGGAUGCGGGCGAUCUAGACUUCUCGGCUGCAAACCAAAGCGUCUGGCUUUCACGGCUGCCCCGGUCACUAUGGGAACAUUGGGCGCAUCUGUCAAACAGCGCCGGCGAUGACGACGAGGAAAUUCAGAUCGGGACAAUGAGGAUCGAGGGUACACAGAAUGAUCUCAAACGGGUCAGUUUGCGCAUAAACGCACGAGAAGACAAUCGCGAUAUUCCUAAAGACUACCUACUGCAACGGCAAACGAUAACUUCAGAGAACGUUUCGCACUUGACGCAAAAUACGUACCUUUUCACGGAGAGGGACCUCCCAGGUCAUGAGAAUCGAAUGGUGGUUUUUGGCGAGGCGCGUUCGGCGCUCUAUGAGUCGAUGAAGCGAGAAAUGAAGAAGAAGGAGCGCAAGAAGAAAUGGGAGCCCUACGUCAGAAAAACUGUACCGAAACAAACGGCUUUGGUCGGGAGCGUGAGUGAAGAGUUCAACUGCCUUCCGGUUGAGAACGAGGAAUUCCGGCGGCUAUCGGAGAAGAAGGCUCUGGAGGCACUCAAACCGAAGCGUGAGACUGUAUUUAUCGAUAAGAUUCCGGGCAAGAUGCUCCAGCCGCGAAAUGCAUUGCCUGGAGAGAAGGGUGCUUUUGUGCAAGCAACGAGGCCAGCCAAGCCCAAGGCCCAGGAAAACAAAACCACGCGUAUGCCUCAGAACGAACUGUUGGAUCUUAUCUACCAGUGCUUCAGGGAAUACAAGUACUGGCCAUUUAAGAACCUCAAGGCGAGACUGCGACAGCCCGAGGCUUACCUCAAACAAACUUUGGAAAUGGUUGCGCAUUUGGUCAAAGCCGGUGACUUUGCUAUGACCUGGGAGCUGAAGCCCGAAGCGAGGGAAAGCAACUACGCCAAUGCGAUGUACAACGAUGCUAAGGAUGAACUCGCACCGGGAGACUACAACUUCGAGGAUGGCUCUGAAGAGGAGGCCACUCCUUCUGGCAUGAUGACAGAUAAUGACGAAGGACAGUUCGAGAACGUUGUCUAAGGAUACGGAGGAUCCUAUGUAGCAUAAGGGCCAUGGCGUUACUUUGGGGUUUGGGUGAUUUAAUACAGGCUGUUUAGAUAGUAUAUUAUGAGCGCCUAGAUGACAGGCCCAACAUCUAACACACAUUUUUACAGAACAAUAUCAUCGAGCUGAAUCGCUCAAGUCAAG